UCUCAAAAACCCUUCAGCAUGGAAAGAGAAAUGUAUUCAUGUUAGGAGGCCAUUACGCUAUGGGAAACAUGAUUAUUCAGGACAAUGAGGCUGAAGGGAGAGGGAAGGGGGAAAGCAGGGGAUGGUAAGCAAUAGGGCAGAAAGAAGGGGAAAGCACAGUUUUCAAGUGCUGUUGAAGAUCAAAUUCUGUGUGUUUUUACUACACAUAGCACUCUUUUGCUGUGGAACUUCAUGACUUUGAACAAACAGCAAACUUGGAGCUCUUGUGAAGGAAACUUAAGACUGGCUAUGGGACCAAGCAUUCGACCAGUAAUAACAGCAAGUAAAAGAAGUUUUAAGACAAUGAAUUGACCCCGACUAGACCUUGGACUCUGGAUUUUGGAUUCUGAUUUCAACAGAAAAGUGAAGAAGCAGACCAUGCCUGAACCAGUUACCCUGUGCAGCAUUAAGAAAAUUGGAGAAGACAACUAUGCCUUUGAAUCAGAUGAAUCACAUAAUGGCAUCAUUAAAUCAGAGUAUUUUCAUAAAAAGACUUCAGAGGACAAUGCAAAAGGGAACAAGACGGAGAAGAAAAAGGAUAUCAUUCGAGUUGGCUUCUUUCAGCUGUUUAGAUUUGCUUCCUCAUCUGAGAUACUGAUGAUGGUCUUGGGUAGCAUUUGUGCUAUUCUUCAUGGAGUAGCCCAGCCUGCCAUGUUGUUGGUCUUUGGCUUAAUGACAGAUGCCUUCAUUCAAUAUGAUAUUGAGAGACAGGAGCUUGCAGACCCCAAUAAAGCAUGUGUGAAUAAUACAAUAGUGUGGAUCAACAGUUCCCAUCAUCAGAAUGACAGUAAUGCAUCAGUAAGUUGUGGGUUGCUGGAUAUUGAAAAAGAAAUGACCUAUUUUGCAAGUUACUAUGCAGGAAUUGGAUGUACCGUCCUUGUGCUUGGAUACCUUCAAAUCUGCUUUUGGGUAAUGUCGGCUGCUCGACAGACACAACAAAUCAGAAAAGCCUAUUUCAGGAAAGUAAUGAGGAUGGAUAUAGGCUGGUUUGAUUGUACAUCAGUGGGAGAACUCAAUACACGAAUUUCUGAUGACGUUAAUAAAAUAAAUGACGCUAUUGCUGAUCAAGUAGCGAUCUUUAUCCAGCGCUUCACCACCUUUGUUGGCGGGUUCCUGUUAGGAUUUGUUAGAGGCUGGAAGCUGACCUUGGUUAUAAUUGCAGUGAGUCCACUGCUUGGAAUCGGAGCUGCCUUCAUGGGUCUGACUGUGGCAAAGAUGACUGGUCGGGAAUUAAAAGCUUAUGCAAAAGCUGGUGCCGUGGCCGAUGAAGUGCUCUCAUCCAUAAGAACAGUGGCUGCAUUUGGAGGAGAAAGAAAAGAAGUUGAAAGAUAUGACAAAAACCUAGUGUUUGCCCAGAACUGGGGAAUUCGAAAAGGGAUAAUAAUGGGUUUUUUCACUGGUUACAUCUGGUGUAUCAUUUUCCUGUGCUAUGCGCUAGCCUUCUGGUAUGGCUCAAAACUUGUCCUUGAAGAAGAGGAAUACUCACCUGGCACACUUUUACAGGUUUUCUUUGGAGUUCUCUUGGCAGCCUUAAAUCUUGGGCAAGCUGCUCCUUGUCUGGAAGCUUUUGCAACUGGCCGAGGGGCUGCAACAAAUAUCUUUGAGACAAUAGAUAAAAAACCUAUCAUUGACUGUAUGUCAGAAGAUGGCUACAAACUGGAUAAAGUCCGAGGGGAAAUUGAGUUCCACAAUGUAACAUUCUAUUACCCAUCUAGACCUGAAGUGAAGAUCUUAGAUAAACUCAAUAUGGUUAUCAAAUCAGGGGAAACAACAGCUUUUGUUGGCCCCAGUGGAGCUGGGAAGAGUACCACCAUACAGCUCAUUCAGCGCUUCUACGACCCUAGCGAAGGCAUGGUUACUCUAGAUGGGCAUGAUCUUCGCUCUCUGAACAUCCAGUGGCUGCGUUCGUUGAUUGGCAUUGUGGAGCAGGAGCCUGUCCUUUUCUCUACCACCAUUGCCGAGAACAUUCGCUAUGGUCGGGAAGAUGCAACUAUGGAGGAUAUUGUUCGAGCAGCCAAAGAAGCCAAUGCCUACAACUUUAUCAUGGACCUGCCUUUGCAAUUUGACACUCUGGUUGGAGAAGGAGGUGGCCAAAUGAGCGGAGGCCAGAAACAGCGGAUUGCUAUUGCUCGAGCCUUAGUUCGGAAACCUAAAAUCUUGCUGCUGGACAUGGCUACCUCAGCACUGGACAAUGAAAGUGAAGCUACAGUUCAGGAGGCACUUCAUAAGGUUCGCCUUGGACGCACCGCAAUCUCCAUUGCCCAUCGCUUAUCCACAGUCAAAACUGCUGAUGUCAUAAUUGGUUUUGAACAUGGCAGAGCUGUUGAAAGGGGAAAACACGAGGAGCUGAUGGAACGGAAAGGGGUUUAUUUUACCCUAGUGACUUUACAAAGCCAAGGAGACAAGACACUCACAGAAACAUCAGCGCAAAUAUCUGAACCAAGACUUGAGAAAGUACAGUCCUUCAGCAGGGGAAGUUACCGUGCCAGCCUGAGGGCUUCUCUUCGACAGCGUACCAGAUCUCAGUUAUCAAACCUAGUCCCAGACCAUCCAGUAUCAAUGGUGGGAGACCAUUCAGAGAAUAAUUACAGCCCAAUUCAAUAUGAAGGAAAUGAUAAGUCACUGCAAAAGGAACUACUCACAGUACAGGAGGAAGUAGAACCUGCUAAUGUUGCCAGGAUCUUGAAAUACAAUGCUCCGGAAUGGCCUUAUAUGGUGGUUGGAUCACUGGGAGCAGCUGUCAAUGGAGCAGUCAGUCCACUUUAUGCCCUGCUGUUCAGUCAGAUUCUUGGGACAUUCUCUGUCCUUGAUGAAGAAGUACAAAGGUCACAAAUCAACAGCAUCUGCUUGCUCUUUGUUGUUGUUGGAAUCAUAUCAUUUGUAACACAGUUCUUGCAGGGAUAUACAUUUGCAAAAUCCGGUGAGCUGCUUACGAGGCGGUUAAGGAAGGUCGGCUUUGAGGCCAUGCUAGGCCAAGAAAUUGGUUGGUUUGAUGACCAUAGGAACAGCCCAGGGGGCUUGACUAUAAGACUUGCUACCGAUGCAUCUCAGGUUCAAGGGGCAACUGGAACCCAAAUAGGAAUGAUUGUGAACUCCCUCACCAACAUUGGAGUGGCCAUUAUUAUUGCUUUCUACUUCAGCUGGAAGCUCAGCUUAGUCAUAACUUGCUUUUUGCCAUUUUUGGCUUUAUCUGGAAUGGUGCAAUCUCGGAUGUUGACAGGGUUUGCAUCUCAGGACAAGGAAGCAAUGGAUGCUUCUGGGAGGAUUUCCAAUGAAGCCCUCACAAAUAUCAGGACUGUAGCUGGAAUUGGGAAGGAAAAGACCUUUAUUGAAGCCUAUGAGAGAAAGCUGGAAAUCCCAUACCGAGCAGCCAUCAAAAAAGCAAAUGUUUAUGGAGUUUGCUUUGGCUUUGCACAGUGUGUCUUGUUUAUAGCCAACUCUGUCUCAUAUCGAUAUGGGGGGUAUUUGGUUGACCAGGAAGGACUUCACUACAGCUUUGUAUUCAGAGUGAUCUCCUCCAUUGUCACCAGUGGAACUGCUUUAGGAAGAGCAUCUUCCUAUACACCAAAUUAUGCCAAAGCAAAAAUAGCUGCAGCACGGUUUUUUCAGCUGGUGGAUCGGAUUCCCCAAAUAAGUGUUUACAGUGACAUUGGAGAGAAAUGGGAUAAUUUCCGGGGAAGUAUUGAAUUUCUGAAAUGUACAUUCACAUAUCCCACUCGUCCUGAUGUCAAAGUGCUAAAGAGUCUUUCAGUGUCAGUAAAAUCUGGACAGACCCUUGCUUUUGUGGGAAGCAGCGGAUGCGGCAAAAGUACAUGUGUCCAACUUCUGGAACGAUUUUACGAUCCUGAUGAAGGAAACGUGCUGAUAGAUGGGCAUGACACCAGGAAAGUCAACAUCUGCUUUCUGAGAUCCAAAAUUGGAAUAGUGUCUCAAGAACCUGUGCUGUUUGACUGUAGUAUUGCUGAAAAUAUUCGAUAUGGUGAUAAUACCAGAGAUAUUUCUAUGGAUAAAGUGAUAGCAGCAGCCAAGAAAGCCCAGCUACAUGACUUUGUCAUGUCACUUCCUGAUAAAUAUGAAACUAAUGUUGGAGCUCAGGGAGCACUGCUCUCUCGUGGGCAAAAGCAACGGAUUGCUAUAGCGCGAGCCAUUGUUCGAGAUCCCAAGAUCUUAUUAUUGGAUGAAGCAACAUCUGCCCUUGAUACUGAAAGUGAACAGACAGUGCAAGCUGCUCUUGAUAAGGCUCGAGAAGGCCGAACCUGCAUUGUCAUCGCCCACCGGUUGUCCACCAUUCAGAAUUCAGAUAUUAUAGCUGUGAUGUCACAAGGAGUCAUCAUUGAAAAGGGCACACAUGAAGAACUAAUGGCCCAGGAAGGGGCAUACUACAAACUUGUUACAACCGGCGCACCAAUUAGUUGAGCCUCCACGCUCACAGUAUGACAUGGCAGACAUACUUUUCUUUGGGAACUAUGAAGACCAGUAUAAGAAUAUCAGCACUCUUUAUUUUAGGAAAAGAGAGCUGUGCUGUUUUAUAAUAAUAUACAUGUGCAGGUGAAAACAUGGUAUGAACAAGGUGCAGCCUGAUGACUCUGGCACUACAUUUUAUGAAAAAUGGCAAUAUCUCUAGGAAACUAUGAAGACUUCUAAGGAACAUUUUGAAAAAAAUCAGCUCAGUGUCAUCUAAAAUAGAUUAUGGCUAGAUUAUUAGUUUUGCAACAUGCAAGUUUGGUGAAGGUAGUAAAAAAAGAGCAAGACAGUCCUGAACCCAGAGUGAAGCACCCAUCCACAUGUUUCAAUGUUGCUGAACUUAAUUGUUUUAAUUAUGGAAAUAUUAAGAUCAAAAACUUUCUAUGUGUAGAGAAAACACCAUAAGCGCCUCUGUAUUAUAAAUUAAUAUGCUCCUCCACUCUUUGAGUCUAACCUACCUCAUAGGUUUAUUGUGAAGAAAACAAUGGAAUCAUGUACCCCCACAAAUUUCUAGGUAUAUAAACAUACUGAAUAUUUGUUUCUGUGAAA